AUGAUAUAAAGAUUUUUAACGCAAAAUAUUCCGAAAAGUAUCAACGAAAUGCGCGACGUUAAAUUUAAUUAAUGAAAUUAGGUCUAUGUUCUAUUUAUGAAACGUAUAUAGUAGGAAAAAUACUAAAAAUAACUAUCCGAGCGGCAAAAUCAAAUGCGUUUAUAAAUUAUCAUUGUGAUGGCCAUUUUAUACAUAAAACGAAAUUUUAUUUGUUGUUUAAACACCUAUGACGUAAGAAGCAUGGUUGUUGCCUGUUAAAACCGUUGUUAUCGUGAACAGUUAGGAAGAUGGCAGAAGACGAGGAUGCGGAUGAAAUUCCUGAUACUGGUGCAGUAUUUUGUUUUGGGAAAAGUAAUUUUGCAGAUAAUCAACCUGGUAAGUUUUGGAUACGUGAAGAUUUAGUUCUACAAGUUGCUUGUGGAGAUGAACACACUGCAUUAAUUACAGGUAAUUUAUAUAUAAUUAUUAAAUUUGUAUACCAUACAUUACUAUAUUCAUUAGAAUAUAAUACAUAUGUUUUGCAUCUAAUCUAUACUGGUGCAGUAUUUUGUUUUGGGAAAAGUAAUUUUGCAGAUAAUCAACCUGGUAAGUUUUGGAUACGUGAAGAUUUAGUUCUACAAGUUGCUUGUGGAGAUGAACACACUGCAUUAAUUACAGUAAUUGUUAUGUUAAAAUUAGGUUUGAAAAGUUUACGAGCAACAUUUAUAGCAUGUGGACGUUCUCAUACUCUAGUUGCAUGUGAUAAUGGAAGUGUUUAUGGUUUUGGUUCAAAUGGAGAAUAUCAAUUAGGAAAUAACGAAGAAGAUACUCAGUAUCUCCCUGUUCGCAUACAAGGUUUAGAAGGUCUUUCUAUAAAAAUGCUAUCUGGUGGAGCUGAUCAUUCAAUGGCAUUAACAGGUGAUGGUAAAGUAUAUACUUUUGGAGAAAGUGAAGGUGGAAAAUUAGGGCUUACAGAAACUCAACUUAAAAAGUUACCUAAACCACAACCUGUCACUGGACUCACUGGAAAAAUGUUAUCAGUAUCUUGUGGAGGAAAUCACACCAUUGUUUUGACAGCUGAUGGAACAGCAUUUUCUUUUGGAGAUGGUAGUAGUGGACAGUUAGGACUUGAUACAGAUAUUUUAGAUACAUCACUUCCAGUGCAAAUAAAUUUUCCUUAUAAAAUUGCAAGAGUAAGCUGUGGUGAAAAUCAUUCAGCAUUUCUCACAGUUAAUGGUCAAAUAUAUACCUGUGGUAAUAAUAGGCAUGGCAAAUUGGGUCUUCUUGAUGAUGACGACAGCAAUGAUGAUGAUAAUGAUAAUGAAUUAUGUAAUAAAUUUCUGCCUAAUUUAAUUACAAGAUUUUAUAAUUUUAGUGUUCAGCAGAUAUCUUGUGGUGGUUGUCAUACUGCUGUAUUAGCUUCAAAGUGCAAACAAUUAGACAACUUUCAAAAUAAUCAUACAAGUGAAAUGAUUAAUGACUCAAAUACUCCCAUAUUAGAUGCAAGACAAAGAAGGAGACAAAGAAAUUUACCACCAUUGUUUAAUUCAUCAGUCUCAACAAAUGACAACGGUGAUUCAAAUCCACUAAAUAAAACAAAAUUACCAAGCAUUGGUGUUCAAAACUCAAAACAAAUAAUAGAUGAUGAUGAAAUGAGUGAAAGUGAUGAUAACACAGAAAAAAGUUCAAAGAGAAGAUCUUUACUUCAAGAAGCAGAAGAAGAUGAAAGUAUUCGUCACGUUGACAGUGAUUUAGAUUCUGAUCUUUCAGAAAAAUCUGAAUUGAAUAAGUUAAAUUACUUUUUCUUACAUUAUAAAUUUUCAGUAUUUUUUUUAAUUGAAAUAGAACAAAUAAUAGAUGAUGAUGAAAUGAGUGAAAGUGAUGAUAACACAGAAAAAAGUUCAAAGAGAAGAUCUUUACUUCAAGAAGCAGAAGAAGAUGAAAGUAUUCGUCACGUUGACAGUGAUUUAGAUUCUGAUCUUUCAGAAAAAUCUGAAUUGAAUAAGACACAUGUAUUGGUGACAAAUGAGUAUAAUGAAUCACAAUUAAAGCCAAUAAAAAAUACAUCUCUACAAAAUGUAGAUGGAGAAAAGCAAUCUGAAAGUAUGAAAAAAGAAAAUGAAAAUGCAAAAGAAUCAAAAAAUGAGAAAGAAGAACCAAAGGAACAGAAUAUUUCAACUCCUGGUAAUGAAAUAGAGAUUUUGUCAGAACACACCAUUGAUUCUCCUAAAGAGAAAGAAACUUCAAAAUUUACUUCGUGGUUGACAUUGCGAAGACGACAAAGUAAAGAAAUAGAUGCUAAAGAGAAAACAAACAAAGAUAAAACUAAACAGGCAUCACGUUUAUCAUUAUUUAGAGGAAAAGAAUCCACUUCUGAGCAGAAUCAACAAGACAGUCAUAAUGAUCAAAAUGAUGAACCAUCUAAAAAAAGAAAUGUUCCUGAAAAAACUAAAUCUAGUACAUUAUCUAGAAAUAUGCAGCCAGAAUCAUCUGACAAACAGAAUCAUAAGUCCAAAGCCUGCAUCAUCCUUUGAAAUAGUUUAAUGUUUUUAUACACAUUGUUCAGAAAAUUUUCAAAAUUUUUCUAUAAGAAGAAACAUGGAAUAUUUUUCAUAACGAAGAAUGUACAUUCAAUUAAAUAUUCAAAAACUGUAUUGUUACUGUUUUGAUAAAGUUUUUAUUAAUUAAAAUUUGUAUAUAACAA